CUUUGUUCGCUGUGCCAGUGAAAUCAGGCCAAACAUUUCAAUAGGUCCUAUCUGCAUUUGAGAGGCUCUCUUUGUUCACUUUCUCUUUCAAUUAUUGCAAUGUAAUGGUACACUUUUCAACUAUUUUUUCAGUACAAAUCAAAAAACGAUUGUUUCGACCAUCGUUCAAUGCAAGGAGACAAUCAUAAUACAAAUAAACAGCUGAGAUAUUAACGAAAGAGAGGGAAACCAAAGAGAGCCUCUCUUCUGCAGAUUGGACCUUUAGACAUGUUUGGCCUGAAAUAGAAAAAUCCCUCAAUUUCCUAAUCUUAUUGUGAAAAUAGAAUAAAAAACCCUGUUCGCUGUGUCCGGUACGAUAGCCUAACCAUGUCCAUCGAAAUCGAGUCGGCUGACGUGAUUCGCCUGAUCCAGCAAUAUUUGAAGGAAUCGAAUCUGCACAAGACGCUACAAACUCUGCAGGAGGAAACCGGCGUCUCGUUGAACACGGUCGAUAGCGUGGAGGGUUUCGUGUCGGACAUCCACAAUGGCCACUGGGACACGGUGCUGAAGGCGAUCCAGUCGCUCAAGCUACCGGACAAAAAGCUGAUCGAUCUGUACGAGCAGGUCGUGCUGGAGUUGAUCGAACUGCGGGAGCUGGGAGCGGCGCGGUCAUUGCUCAGGCAGACGGAUCCGAUGAUAAUGUUGAAGCAGCAGGAAGCGGAGCGGUAUAUUCAUUUGGAGAAUAUGCUGCAGAGGGCUUACUUCGAUCCGAGGGAGGCCUAUCCGGAGGGCGGAAGCAAGGAGAAGCGACGGGCGGCCAUUGCUACGGCAUUGGCCGGAGAAGUAUCGGUGGUACCAUCGUCGAGGCUAUUGGCUUUGCUGGGGCAGGCGCUGAAGUGGCAACAGCACCAGGGAUUGCUUCCGCCCGGAACAACGAUCGAUUUGUUCCGUGGUAAAGCGGCCAUCAGGGACCAGGAAGAUGAAAUGUUCCCGACGCAACUGUCCAGACAGAUCAAGUUCGGUCAGAAGAGCCACGUUGAGUGUGCACUGUUUUCACCGGAUGGUCAGUAUCUGGUAACGGGCAGCGUGGAUGGAUUCAUCGAGGUUUGGAACUUCACGACCGGAAAGAUUCGUAAAGAUUUAAAGUAUCAGGCGCAGGACAACUUCAUGAUGAUGGAACAGGCGGUGUUGGCGAUGUCGUUCUCAAGAGAUUCGGAAAUGUUGGCCACGGGAUCCCAGGAUGGACAAAUAAAAGUCUGGAAGCUGCUGACUGGCCAGUGUUUGCGUCGCUUCGAAAAGGCUCAUUCCAAGGGAGUCACCUGUCUGCAGUUCUCAAGAGAUAACAGUCAAAUUCUAACCGCUUCGUUCGAUCAUCUCAUCCGGUUGUACGGAUUGAAGUCCGGCAAAAUGUUGAAAGAAUUCCGAGGUCACACGUCGUUCGUCAACGAGGCAGUAUUCUCGCCGGACGGCCACAACGUUCUCAGCGCGUCCUCGGACGGAUCCGUAAAAAUCUGGUCUCUCAAAACAACCGAAUGCCUCUCGACAUUCAAGGCCCUUGGAAGCGAACUGGCAGUCAAUUCAGUUCUAAUGCUGCCGAAAAAUCCGGAACACUUCGUCGUAUGUAAUCGGUCCAACACGGUAGUCAUCAUGAACAUGCAAGGCCAAAUCGUCCGAUCGUUCUCGUCCGGUAAGCGAGAAGGCGGUGCGUUCAUCUGCGCCACAAUUUCCCCCCGAGGUGAGUUCAUCUACUGCGCCGGAGAGGAUUUGGUGUUGUACUGCUUUUCGGUUACUUCUGGCAAGCUGGAGCGAACCUUGAACGUGCACGAAAAGGACGUCAUCGGACUGACGCAUCAUCCCCAUCAGAACCUGCUGGCGACUUAUAGCGAGGAUGGGUUGCUGAAAAUGUGGAAGCCUUAAGGCAACUGCCUUUGGGUUACGUCUAGGUCAUUAAGGUAUGGUAAUUAAACUCUACUUCUAGGUAUAACGAUACAAAUUGCGUGGAAUAAAAUUUAAAAUAAA